CAGUAGACGAGCUUAAAUUUCCCUUUUGAGCAUAAAAAUAAAGUUCGUUUUGGCAUUAAAAGAUCGAGAUUUCUCGGUGUAGGGGGUCUGGAUACUAGGAAAUUUGAAACCGCUGGUCUAUUGAAAGCCCUUAGAGUUUCAUAGCAACGGAAAAACCAAUCAGAAAGUGCGAUAGUUGCUAUCCGACACAAACUAAACGACAAAGUAUUAUGGCUUCCAAAGAGCUGUGGAUCUAAAGGCGUUUACAUCAUUUAGUUAAACUGAAUUCGAUUUUAAAAGGAGCAUAGCAGUUUGUUAUGGCUGAUAAUGAACUUGAGGGUGAAAUCAGUGACAAUGAGAGCGAUUUGAGCCUUCGGGGAGAGAGCGAAUGUGAAGGCGAAGAUAGCGGUGGGGAAGAUGUUCGGGAGCCCGUUACUGGAACGACAUCAGGCGAUCGAGCCGCUACUCCUAAGAAAUCAAAGGCUAAGAAGAAGAAGAAAAAGUGAGAAACAUAUUUAAAUAAGGAUAAUACUCCGAGAUAAAUUCUAAGAGGUUUCUUUGCACGCUCAUCGCCAGCGAAUAUUGUUUUGUUAAUAAAUGCGUUUAUGUUUUUCAGAUGGAUGAAUGUGUGCUUGACAAACUGCAAGUAUGAAAGUGGUAAGUAUCUUCGUGUUGGAAAUACAAUCAGCACCUCUUUCCUUUGAUUAAUCGAGAUCUUGUCCACGUUUUCUGUGCCCUAAUUGAUCAUCUUAAUUUUCUUUUGAACAGUUCGCAGGGUAACGAAACGAUUCGGCAUGAAGGAGGUUGGUGAAGAUGAAGAUUGGGCUUUGUUCUGGACAGAUUGCUCUGUUGCUUUGGAACGUUGUAUGGACAUGAAACGUUACCAGGUACGUAUUAAAUAAACGGAUAAUAAAGUAAAUUAUCGAUAUUUCUAUGUCUUAAGCUUCGAAAUUUAUUGCAAGUAAAUUACGGGCAAGCUUCAGCCUCGCGUACCUCUAUUGUUCAUGCAAUGAUUAGUUCUUAUACUCCAUUGUUUAUUUGAUAUUGAACAUGAAAAUGCAGCUACAGCAAUAGGCUUUUUGCAGCGUGAGGCAUUGAGGAAACUAUACCUCUUACAAACUGGAGUUCCUUGCUAACAUGGUACAUUUUGGAGGUUGGAAUGUCUUCGAUGGAAGCAAAGUUUAGUCUUGUAAAAUGUGGCCCCUAAUCAUAAAAGAUGUUUUAAGUGCGUUUAAUGGUACCCUUGUUGCCAGCGACCUUGUGAUUUCUUGUUUCACAACAUUUGUAUCGGGAAUUCAUGCAAAGAAAGGGAAAAGCAGAGAUGUGUAUCCAUUCUUAAUGAUCGUCUUGCCGGCAAAGUUUUAAAUGUCUCUUAAUGCUAUAAAACACGUACACUCUUUAGUACAUCGCCGUUUGUUGACAUGAUUUGUAAACAAUAGGAAGUUGCUUUUAUUAAAUAUCUUCUAUUUGGAAUCGAGAUCUUGACCCACAAGAAAGUGUUAUUUCUGAACUGUUUAUCUAGAAUUAUUACUAAAAAGAAGGGGUAAGUUUCUAAAGAAACUAUGGUGCUGCGUCGGUGGGAGAGUAUAGCAGGUAAUGUAGUGUUAACAACUGAAUUGAAAACGUAAAUUAGCCACCGUAAAGGGUAGAAAAGCUGAUGUUUCGAGCGUUAGCCCUUCGUCAGAGCGUCAGCUUUUUUACCCUUUACGGUGGCUAAUUUACGUUUUCAACUUAGUCGUUAACACUAAAUUACCUGCUAUUACUAGAAAGGUUUGACAAAACAACGAUAAAGUAUUAAUUUUAGCACAAUAUGAUUAGUGUUAAAAGCACUAGUAACGUGAUAUUUUGCCUAAACCCUGUGAAAUCAUGAGCUAAAACCAAAUACAAUCGUGGGAGCUGUAAUGGCUUAGUGAAAAGGAUGUUGAGCUACAGAUGGUCACAUGUAGGUGUGGGUUUAACCAUUUGCCUGGCAAGAAACUAAUAUAAGUAAACUUUUGUAUUGCCCCUCUUCCAUUUGAGAGUAAUGAAGAAAGGCUAAGAGGUAACUUUUGUGAUGAGCUGACAUCCCGUUCAGGGGUGGAAACUAUACUUGCAGUUACUUGAUACUGCGGAAAUCAAUUUACAAGUGGUUUUUAGUAUCACUCAUGAGGGGAGAGAGUAGAUUCAACCUUUACCAGAUAAAUCUAGUGUUAUCAGUAUGUAGUUGGAGUGAUAUAUCUAUUAGUAAUUGCUUUCUCUCCCUUUUCCCUCUUCGCAAUUGAGUCACCUUCACCCUGUAAAUAAUUAUCUUAAAGAUUUACUAAUUCCCUCUCUCUUCUCAACUUUUAAACAGAAAAUAAAUCAUUUUCCUGGUAUGAGUGAGAUUUGUCGCAAGGAUCUUCUGGCAAGAAACAUGAACCGUUUAUGGAAACAGUUUCCCAAGGAGUAUGCUGUGUUUCCUAAAACAUGGUGCUUGCCAGCAGAGUAAGUGACUUGUUCUUCCCUUGUUAUCUAAAAGGACAAAGUAAAUGUAGCUCAGCUGUAAGAGUUUGUGAAUUAUUAGCAGUUACUUAAUUUUCACAAGCAUAUCAUGUUCAUUUUAGACUCUGAAUCAUCGGUCUUUCUAGCAGAAUUUUCAAUCAGCAGAGCAUUUUUAUUGGCAUAUUGUAGUUAAGUUGGCUCACAAGGAACACAUUUAUUUAAAGAACACAUAAUAACGAAGAGAUAUGCAAAAUAAAUCUCUUUGUGUGACCCUCCAUGAAAGCCUUGGUUCAUGAAAAAAAACCCUAUAAAUUCUCCUGAAUACCCCUUUUUACCAGUAAUUUUUUUGUAUUUCCAUGUGGAGCACAAGGAAAAGUUGAGAUAGUUAAGAAGAUGAGCCUAAUAUUCAAUAUCCUUUUUAGCUGUAUCAUUUAGCAGUGCCUAACCAGUUUUUGGGAGACAUUACAUGAACUAGUGACCUUUCUAUACCCUCAUUUACAUGUAAGCCUGAGUUUUUUCACAUUACUGGCUUCAAUUUGUGCAUAAGCUCAGACUGCAGUCUUGAUCACUGACUGUGAUGAAAUGAUGGCUUGAAAAUUAAUACUGGUUGGCUUAAGUAAUGGUAUUUUCUUUCAAUGACCUUCAGUUAUGGAGAAUUGCAAGCCUACUGUCGACAGAAGAAGAAUAAAACAUUUAUUCUCAAACCAGAUAGUGGUAGCCAAGGAAAGGGUAUUUUCCUGACGAAGAAUCCAAAGGUCAGUUCUAACUCAAGCCUGAAAGUUAAAGUCAGUUUGUUUCUAGUAACAGUAGAUGGGACAAAACUAUUUAAAAAAAAGAGUUCUCCUUUUUUUAAUGAUACAAUAUCUUAAGUUUACUGUGCACUGUGAAGAUUCUAUAAUUGUCUUAUAGUCACAACAUGGUUUUGUGCUUUUUUGAAGAGCUUUUUCACUGUAUCACCUCAAUGAAUUUACAUUUAGAUUUUUUUAAUAUCAUGGAUGCAUUGAUAUUUGAUAGUUGAUCUGAAAAUGAAAAUAUCAGUGUUCUGUAUCUUGAACUGAAAAAUUACAAAAAUCGCUUUCCAGCAGAACUAUCAGACAUUACAAGCUGCAAUAAUUAGUUCCUAACCAAAAAAAAGGCUAAUUCCCAAAAGGCUUUUCUGCUGUGUAGUAAAUUUUUGGCUUUUUUCAUUAAAUACAAAGGUGAAAUUUCUCUUGAUGCAGCUUAGUAACCAGUUUAGUACAUUUGGAUGUUAAUUGCAUGCCAAUGCAGUUAACAAGUGAAAGGUGUCCCAUAAAUAGUAUUAAUUUAGCAUUUAUUAGUUGUUCUUUUAUACUGGUCAACAGGAUAUUAAGCCAGGUGAACACAUGGUUUGUCAGCAGUAUGUUUCCAAGCCUUUUCUUAUCGAUGGAUUUAAGUUUGAUCUGAGGGUGUAUGUGCUGGUUACAUCUUGUGAUCCUCUGAGAAUAUUUGUUUAUGAGGAUGGCUUGGGAAGAUUUGCUACUUUAAAGUACAUGGAACCAAGUAACCACAAUGUGGUGAGUGCAGAAAAAAAUAUUUCUCAAAAUUGUUGGAACCUACACUGUACAGUACAUUUAAUAUGUAUGGUUAAGAAUCAAGAGCUUCUUGAAUUGGUCACAUUUCCUCCAUUCUCAUGACCUUAAUUUGGGAUUCAGGGAUGAUAUAGUGAAGGGAAAUGAGAAUUGCUAGUAAGUCUUAAGAAUCAAAGGUUAAUAAUUAUACAUUAAUUGACCUAAAGUUUCCAUUAUAAUUGUGACUGCUGGUACACUUGGGAUAGUGUGGCCUUGCAUGAUUCAAAGGUAUUCUGCAACAAAUAUCAAAUGUUUCCCAGGUGGAAUACAUGACUGUAUAAUUGUAAUUGAAUGGAACCGGAUAGCCUAGGGAGCAGACAGUGAGUCUAUUAAAGCAGUGAUAUUAAAAAUGUAUAAACUCUCAAGAGAGUUGCAAAAUCAAUCUACAAACUGAUUUUUAAGAUGUGGAGAAUCUUAAAAAGAUGGGAAUAAGGUGGCAGUCUUUUCCAAGCUGCAUUGGCUGCUAAUAAUCGCUGGUUGGUAUAUCUUUGGUAAUUGCAAUCAGAUCAUUUUUAAUUUUUGGGAGGCAUGUCAUUGAGAAAUAGUUCAAGUAUAUUAAAUGAAAACCAUGUUUUGAAGAAUGUCUUGAAAUAUCCAAAUUUUCCAUAAAUCCUGUUAUUGAUAAAACUAAUUGUAUUUUAUAUUGUAAGGAGACUUUAUGCUGUUGUUAAAAUUUUUUCUAGUAACAAAGCAUGUCAAUCCUUUUUUUUUUAGGAUGACACUUGCAUGCACCUUACAAACUAUGCUGUAAACAAACACAGCAAAGAUUUUAUCAGAGAUGAAGAAACUGGGAGCAAAAGGUGUGUUUGCACUUCAAGUAUUUUAAUGUGACUGGCAAAUGAACCUGAAAUUAGUUGUUGAAUAAUUUUUAAAGUUUUGUGAAAACAGGUUGUUAAACUGUUUAGGCAAGGUGUGCGUGCAUGUGAUUUUCAAAACAUUGUUCUGGUAUCCUUUUAGUGAUAUUACAAAUUAUUUAUACUGAAUGAUUUAUUUCAUUUCAGACGGCUAACAACAGUAAACAGGUGGUUUACUGACAAUGGUUAUGAUGUCAAAGAAAUCUGGGCAUCAAUAGAGGUAGGAAAUAUUUUGAUAUCCUGUAUGAGUGGAUCAUGACUGAAAAAUAAGGUCCACCUGUGUACAUGUUUAAAGCUCACAAAGAUAUCAAUGUGUAAACAUGGGAUUGGAUCAUAUAAUUAUGUGCUCAAAGGAAAAGUUGCUUUUUAAAUGAUAUAUGAAGUUCGAAAGGAAAUGAUGAGCAUCAGUAACACUGCUAGUCACACAUGGUAUAAUUUCACUUUAUCUGCUAGCUUUAUUUGCGAUAUGCAAUGCCAUGAGUACAAGCUUGACAUCACAAGAGAGUUUAAGAGCCCAGUUUCUUAUUUGUUACCAUCACUGCAUUCAACUUUGUGAAACAACUUCUCAGUGGGGAAUACUGGCAGCUGAUACAGAUUUUCAUAAUUCACAUUAAUUUUUAAAACCUUUUAGCUGCAAUGAGUGACUAAGACAGAAUUUCUCCUUUGAAUAUUACCUCAACAUCAAGGAGACAAGUAAAAAGAAUAAAAAACAAUUAGGGGAUUGUUAGUUGAUCCAAUACCAAAUUCUCAGAACUAACAUCAUAAGAAUUGUAUGGCAGACAGUGAGGAGAAUUACUAAUUUAAUGAGAUAUUGGGAUUGAACUUGGAUAACAGACCACAUGCAUUUUACUUUACAUCAUGCGGUAUUGUGCUAUUUAAGCUUGCAAACUUUCAUGUAGUGAGUUUCAUUUGAUUAUGAUUUGUUUUAUCUUAAAUUGACUGUUUUUGUUUCAAUUUGUUAUUAGGAUGCUAUUAUUAAAACUUUAAUCACAGCCCAUCCAAUACUGAAACACAACUACAGGACCUGUUUUCCAAACCACAACAAGGGCAGUGCUUGUUUUGAAAUCCUAGGCUUUGAUAUUCUGCUUGAUAAAAAGUUGAAAGCUUGGGUUUUAGAGGUAAGAAUACCAAUUAAGAAAGAUGUUUAUGAAGAGAAAUGGAUGGUACUGAGCAUACUGUAUUUAAUGUGAUUCAACUUUACCUUAAUGUUUUUAAACCACUCAGACAAAGUUAAAUCAAAGAAACAUUAGUUUAACCGAUUUUAACCCAGAGGGAUUUUUAAACCACAGGACAUGUCAUAAACAUUAUUUUGUAAUUUAUUGAUUUUCAGGUAAACCAUUCCCCAAGUUUUACCACUGACUCACCCCUUGAUAAAGAAAUUAAAGAGGGACUGAUGUUGGAUGCCCUCACUCUUCUUAAUUUUGGGGCAUGUGAUCGCCGCAAGAUACUCGAGGAAGACAAAAAGAGAGUACGGGACAGACUUCUACAGAAACAGAGGCCUAAAGAGAACAAGUAUGUUGAACAGUUUUUUUUAACUCUAAUGCAAGUGAACCAUAAAGAAUUGACUAACCCUUUUUGUAACAUCUGCUUAUCCCUUUAACUUCCAAGAUCUGAUUGUUAAUCUCCUCCCUAUGGGCUACAUAUUUCCUUCUAAAAAGUUACAAAAAUAUGCUAUUACAUGUAGAUUAAGAAAACAACUUUUAACACUUUAACUUCCAAGGAUCUGAUUGUAAAUUCUCCUCUCUAACUGUCAUACAUUUCCUUUAAAAAUAGCAGCAAGAAUUUGGUGUUAAAUCAAGAUAACAAUUUUAACCUGAUAAGUUUGCAUAUUCUUUUCACCUGCAUGCUGGAUAAUGUGUGGAUAUUAGGAGGAGAAGUCACAUGUUAAUCACUUCUGUGAGUUAAAGGGUUAAUUGAUGAGUUUGAGUAUUCUCAUUACCUGUUUGGUGGGUGUUGUAUAUUGUAGGGAGAAGUUACAUGUUAAUUACCUCUAAGAGGGUUGAAACAUUUAAAGGCAGGUUAUGGCACCAGAUUUUUUCAGUAAAUACAUGUACAUCAGGAACUUUCAGACACCAAAUUUUCUCAGACAGAUUCUUCAUGUUAUAGGCAGUUAGUUAUAAAUGUACAGCAUAUGAUUUGUACAAAAUAAUUUUCAGCAAGUUUUUACAGUGACCACCAGCUUCACCAUUUAUUAUUAACUUCUUUUUUUUUUUUUUUCAAGGAGAGAUGAUUUUGAAAACCAAUCACAGUAUAUUGAGUGGUUGAAGAAGUAUGAAGACAGUCACAUGGGUAAAUACAGGUAGGAAGUGUAUUGUAUUAUAAUUAAAUGUGUUUAUAUAUCUACAAAAUUAAAUUCUAAAUGUAAAAUUUCAUUUUAUCCUUUUUCUACUUUAGACGUAUCUACCCUGAAGGAAAUGAAGAAAAAUAUGCUGUGUAUUUCGAGAACAGUUGUUCUUUGUUUCAAGAGACGGCAGCCUCCAAGGCUCGAAUAGAGUGUGCCAGGUAAGAUGUUCUGUUACGCUCAUCAUUUUAAUGGUAGGAUUCAAGACAUAACCGAGUCACUGUCCUGUGAUCUUGAAUAAGAUACUUUACUCUCUCCGUCUCACCAGGCCUCUCGACCAGCAUAAUGCAAAAGACUGGGCCCUAAUUUACCUUUUCAUUCCACCUGUUUUGCAAACGAAACUUUUGUCUUCUAGCAAACUGGUCCAACUUAUGGCGUGUAGUUGCUCUCCCAUUUUCCCUUUGGAACGACAAAAAAUUUCAGAUCAUAUUUCUCCCACAACUUCAUUUUGUCCUUAAGAUUAUUUGUAACCUAGAUUGAUGAUGAAAUCUCUCUGUCAUUGAAGAACCAUUUCCAGAGAAGAGGUGGUCUCUCUGUUCGAUCCUGAGUUCAAAGUGUUUGUCUUGAGGUUGACAUUGCCGCGGGGCCUUGUCGGGAGUCGAGAGACAUCUGAGUUAACUACACGUUAAAAGAAAAGAUCACAGCAUCAACAGUAGUUAUAAGCGUAAUGAUAUCAUAAGAACUUCAACAACUUUAAAUUCCACCUAUAUGUCAAUAACUUUUAUCUUCAAAUAUUAUACAAACUUGUAUUUGAAGAAAUGUUUUGCUUCAUUUUGUGUCAUCUCCUGGUUUGUAGGGUUCAACGUGAACAAAUCAUGGCCAAACAACAAGAAAUGGAGAAUGCAAGGCUCAAAAACAGUGGGAGGGCUCCCAAGGGAUCCAAAGAUGGUCUUAGGCCAGAGAGUCCUCAUAGUCGAAGGCCAAGAAGGCCCCCGGUUAGGAAGAUGGUCCAACCUGGUAGACCAAAAUUUGAGGUAAAUGACAAGUAUAAAUGAUUAUUAUUAUUAUUACCCCAGCAAACUUUCCGUCACUAUUAUGCAAGGAAAGGAAAAGUGUGUUGUUGUUGUUGUUGUUGCUGCUUUUUCUCUCACGUGUUCGAGCCCAAUUCAACGAAGCACGCACGAACAGUUACAAGGGUGCUUUGUCGUCGAAGUUCUGUUAAUAUAGGUAACAACAUGAUUUCGAGUGCAAUUUGGUGUUAACAAGCACAAGUAAAUUUUUCAAGGACAACAAAAUUGCACGAGCCCUUAGGGCGCUUGCAAUUUGUAGUCUCUGAAAAAUUUACAAGUGCUUAUUUACACCAAAUUGCACGAGAAAGCAUGUUGUUACUUGUUAAUAAAUUACAUGAAAAACGCAUCGCAGAAAGUCAAGACAGACGAAAUUUUGGCAGCGCGCGCUCUUUGUAAUUUGCACUCGUGUUACAUGAAAAAUGCACUCAUUUUCAGCAAAAGAGACGCGCGUAAUUUGUUCAUUCAUAUUAUUACCUCAGAUAUACAAGCAGUACUAUGUUACAGAUCUUGCUGUAAGGAACGCGGUGGCGUGAUAGCUAGUGCGCUGGUUCGUGACCUGACCGGGUGAAUAGGCUGUGUUUUGGGGUAAAUACUUAACUCAUACAUUGCCUCUCUCUCAACCCGGAGCACAAGUGGGUACUGGCAAUUUUUCAGGGAAGCUUGAUGAAAUGCUGGUAAUCUUGCGAUGGAGUAGCAUUCCAUCCGGCGGGAGUAGUGAUACGCUUAGUCGCCCGGUUAAGCUCCGGCUGGGUGCGCCACUGGAGUCUAAUACAGACUUCAACAGCACCCUGCGAAACACUGACACGUCAAAUUUUUAUUCAGGUUGGCAGAAGAACUGGCCAGGAGCAAACGGACACCACCAAACCAAUGACGAUAUCAGAGGAAGAAGAAUUGGAGAGAAUCACUUCCCUUCUUCAGCGGGAUAAUCUGAUAAGAGGGCUGGGUGUGGUCGAGUUUGUGUACAAACUGUUACACUGCACACCCGGAACUGGAGGGCCACAGAAAAACUGCUCUUUACAUCACUCGGUGAGUUACAAGCGUAACCAUCAGAAGGGAAAAAUAACACCCUUGUUAAAAGAGAUAGGAAAAGACUAAAGGAAUGAUUUUCGUAGAAAAUACUCAUUAACUUUUAUUCGUGGAUUUUUAGAGAUAAUCCUUAAAUACUCUGUUAUUCCCUUUUAAGUAUAUCAAUUGCAAUUCUCGUCAUCCUUAUCCAUACAUGGGCUCUUCAAAUUUAUAACCCUUUCGGCGGAAUGUCCGUGUAUAUCCUAUCAUAUAGAGGUGCCCUCCCGGGAGGAGUGGGGGCAUCAGUUAGAUGGACAUGUAUUUUGCUGUAUGCCACUCGGGUGGAAAAAAAAAACCACAAGGUACAUCUGUCAUGCCAAACAAGACCAUCCGGUGUAGACAGAAACUAUUUUGAAGUACUGAAUCAUCACUCUUUUUCUUCUCAGAACACCAAUAAAGACUCGUCUUCCAAAGGUAGCUCUGUUGGCGGCCGUGAGAUAGGAGGCAGCCUGGGUGACAAACAUUCGGCCAUGUAUGGCUCUAUGGGAUUGCUGUCAACAUCUGGAGCAGUAACCGCUGUUAACAAUACAGUCGCAGCUCAGUUGUCUCGGUUCCAGACCUAUCAACCCGCCUCUCUGUCUGCUGUUAUGAAUUUGAAAUCCCUCAAUCAACAAGCCACUUUAUUACGAAACGAUCGUCGUGCUCUUGCGUCAGUCGGUAUAGUACCAUCAGCUCCCACGGGGUUGCCCAAACACAGAUACGGCUCAAGAAAACUUUCCACAAGUGGCAGAGCAGUUAACGGCAAUCCAGAUUACGACUGGAGAUCAGGAUCAACGACUGGUAUCGAGGCCAGUAGCCUUGCUUAUAGUUUGAUUGAUCCUAGACUCGAUAACCAACCAAACACCUCGCUCAGACGCCGGUCUUUGAGCGCUACAGGGCUUAAAACUUGUGGUGAUUCCACUCAAGGAACACGCGUGGUCAAUCCGCGCGUUUUGGCAGCGGGUGGCGUGGCAGGGUCACAGACCAAUCUCUCCAGUCCAGGAGUAUUGUCGCCUGGUGUUAAUGCGCAGCAGUAUAUGUGUUCGAUGUACGCGUUUCCCAACGUGCUUAAAGUGGCACCGCAGCCUCAAAAUGGAAUGAAUUUAUCUGUGAUAUCUGGCCCGGCGCCCGUCAAUUAUCGACCAAGUCCAGCCAGUAGUAGUAUAUCAGCCGAACAGUCUAGCUCGUCCCACAGGUUUACAGGAUCGCCAUCAGCGCUCAUGAGGUGAGCUUCGUUACAAACCACCCUUCAGAGCUCUUACCGAUGGGGUAGCGUGAACCAAAACCAAAGUAAUUGUAAGGACUAGUGAUAGGGAAUGAAAAUGUUUCAAAGGGCCCGUGAGAUCUCAAAGGAAAAACAAGCAAACUGCCAGAAGCGCGGGAAGACGCGGGUGAUCAGGUUGUGAUUGGUUUUAAUUUUGAGUCUGAUUGGUUAAGAGGGCGGCGCGAGUUUUGUGGACCAAUCACAGGAAGCAAAACCAAAACAAUCCUGGAUGACUUUCGGCUUCCUCUAUUGCCCAGUCCUAAUCAGGCCAAGUCUAGAUUGUUUUUCGACGUGAAACCCCCAAAGUAAUUUCAACCGUCAAUCAGGGCAAGGGUAAAGAGAAAAAGAUAAUAUGGUUGUUGAAUGAUCCUGGGUGCGGGCAAACGUUCGACAUCAAACGUUCUAGUUUCACAUCUGAUUGGUUUAGGGAAGAUUCUUCGAUCACGGAAGCAAAACCAAAGUAGCCCAGGAUUACUCAGUCGAAAAUCCGGAUGGUCGACACUUUGAAGAUUACUAUUUAUACUUGAUUUUUAUUCUCGAAGCUUCAUGCUUAACAGCCAUAGAAAUGAAUGGUCAUUCUAACUGUAAUUGAUCCCAUGCAGAUCAACUAAAGCUCAAAGAGCCCGCGGAGCUACCAACAAUAUGCGCCUGAAGGUAAUUCAUUAUUCUUUGACUAUUUAUUAAAAGUAGUGCUUGAUCUGUUGGGCUUCUAACCUGACACGAGCAGGUAAUCGAUGAAACCUGUACGUCAUUGUUAUAAACCGCAAAUGGAGAGGACUUACUUAGUGAAGGAAUUAUUUCCUAAUACUCAUUUUGUACGGGGUUCUCAAGCGCGAUCAUACGCUCGUCCCGGGAAGGAGUAAUGAAGCGCGCUUAUUUGCCGAACAGCGGCUGGUAAUCGUGCAAGUUGUCACCCAGAUACUUUUUAACCGUCGUGCUUGAGUUAGUCGAAAUAUGAUAGUUCGAAGCCAAAUUGGCAAGAAAGUUAAAGGAAACAGUAUUUUACUAUCCUCCCAGAGUACUCAGCUGUCCGCGUAAGAAGCUAAUUGUUAUUUCCGUCUUUCUCUCUAAUUACAGCAACUUGAACUCCGUGAGAAUCAUGCAGUAGCCUUGAGCUAACGCAGCGGGGGAGCAGCUUCAGUUGACGUAGCUUGUAACAAAGAGAUAAGGGUUUGGAUUUGGCGUGUUUGACAUGAAAAGAAUCCCCGGAACAAAAUCAUGUCCAUAGAUCAUUAAAAUAGUGCUUCGUACUUUAUGAGAAAUGUUAAAGUGAAAUUUUUAAGAACCCCAUCGAGGAACCUGGAUUCAGUGUUUUCUACCUAUCCAUACGUUCAUAUCGUAGUUAGUGUAGAAAGUAUAUAAUUUAUAUAGUAGUUAAGUGUGGAAUUUGAGCAAUUUUUGAAACAUUGUUUGCGAGAAUUACGACUGUUUUAAUACAAUUGUAUAUAGUUUGGUAAUAUCAAUAGAUUUCAUAUCUGACUGCGUGGUAUUUUUGCUGAAAAUGAAUGACAAUUCUCUGUUUAUGGCCAAAGACAUUUUCAAAAGUACAAUGGUUUUAAUCUAAAUAUAUUUGUACAGACUAAAAAGAUUCAUGGAGGGUUAAAAGAAUGAUUAAAUCUUUAUUAAAAGGAUGUAAAUAAUCGUC